AUGUCAAAUGACAAAAGCUCAUUAGAUUAUCUUUUAAUCUAUUCAUUUCUCUUUCUAAAUAAAAAAGUGUCUAGUUUAUAUAAUGCUUAUGACUGGGAUGAAGUGGAUAAUAAAUUGGUUAUCAAAAUUGACCAAGAUGGAAAUUGUGCCCCAAAAGCUGUGAUUGAUAUAGAUGCCUCACAAGAAGAUAUGGAAAUAUUUAGUGUUAAAAUACAAGAAAAAAUUCUCGAAGGAUUAAUAAUUGCUACAUCAUUAAACUCUAACAAAUGUAGCUACCAUAUUUUAUAUGCAUCGGCUCUUCUUAUUGAUCAUUGUGAACUCAAAGCAUCCACAAAAUUAGUAUAUACCAUAACCAGUAAAAAAUUUUGCAAGUUUAUUGAUCAAAAAUUAUCUGGUCAGAAUUUUAACCUUCGCCUAAUUGGUUUGGCAAAAAAAGGUCUACUAGAAUGUUUACUAUGUAAACAUAUAUAUGACAAGGAUCAGCAGUGGUUCAGUCGUAUAUAUGUUAGUAGUGGAAUAUUCAUUGUAAAAUGCUUUCGGCAAAGUAGCAAUAAUCCUGAAGAAGUUUUUGAAUACAACCCAUCUAUUGCAGAAAAAAUUAGACAAGAAAAUAAAAAUUCUUCACAAUCAUCUCACAAGCGACAGAAAUAUAUGAAGAGAGCUAUUUCGAAUGAUGUAAAUUUGCUAGUAUUAUUUAUGCGUCACUCUUACUCAAAUACUAUUAUUACUACAAGACUUAAUCUUAAAUCAUAUUGUGAUAUCGAUGCCUCAGAAAGAGAGAAUGUGCAAGGAAUUGUUCGUGCUCUUAAGACUAAUUUUUCAAAAUUACGGAUCAAGGAAUAUCAUGGUAAAUCUGAUCCUGAAGAAAGGCUCAUGACUUCAGUAAUAAUGAUUGAUUUCCUUCGAAAAGCUGGCAUGUGUAUUUCAAUUAUAGAACUUAUUCCUAAACCUGAAGAUAAUACGAUAUCAUUAUCUCAAACAGUGAAGGGGAGUUCUUCUAUCAUUAAAGCAGAGGAGGUAUCAGCAAUAACUAAUGCUACUAUUGUUAAUUGUGAGACUACUGAAUUUUUGAAAAUAAGCUGA